AUGGAAGGCUAUGCCCCGCAAUUUCCAAACAGCAGUAAAGUUGCUAUCCCGCGAGAGUCAAAUACCCAAAUUAUAAGGUUAAAAGGGAGAGUCAGCCGGGCAUGUGACACUUGUCGUGGACAGAAGGCAAAAUGUAGUGGCCAGCGUCCCGCAUGUCAACGCUGCCGUCAAAGCGACAUGACGUGCAUCUACUCGAACACCAAAGGAGAUCGAGAUGCCAAACAAUUUGCCGAUCUCACGUCUCGAACACAGAUAUGCGAGGGUCUUCUCCGGAACCUGCAUCCCUAUCUCGAUCGUCAACUAGCUAUACAGGUUGAGAAACUUAUUGAUGGACUUCCUGUCACGUCUCCGAUGAUCCUAAACCCGAGCCCGAUAAAGGACGUCCAGGAAGCAACAAAUAACCCAAUAAAACAGAACGAUCACACCGUCGAGGACCGCAAAAUGCACCGAAUUUCUCAGGCGACAGGGUUUGUCGGUAGACCAUCAGAGUCAGGGUUUCUCUCGCCCUUGCUUACCAAUAACUUUCUCGAUGACACCCAAGUUCUUGCUCCAAAUUCGACGGAUAAUUCGGACUACCCCUCGGAAAAUGCUGCUACUCAACUUGUGGAAUGCUAUUUUCAGAAUGCGCACGCCUCGUUUCCUCUUAUCAGCAAAUUAGUAUUUCUGGAACAAUUUCGCCGUUUCUAUGCAAAUGCUGAUCCUGAACCUGGUAGAAAAUGGAUUGCAAUUCUGAAUAUGAUACUCGCUAUCGCUUCACGGCAUAGCUCUCUUGUGAGAAAGCAACCUAGGUCCGACUUGCCUUACUUUACACGAGCCUGGGAGCUUUAUACAAGGGACUUUGCUGUUUUAGAACACCCAAGCCUACAACAGGUACAAAUUGAGUCCCUUAUAUCCCUAUACCUACUUUCUGUCGGUCAAAUCAAUAGGUUGGUUCACUUAUUCACCGCAUUUACACGCCCAGGACUGAUAAGGAAUAGGGCUUCACGGAUGUGUGGCAUUGCACUGCGAUCAGCCGUGGCUAUGGAAAUACACCUUCCUACUCAGGGCGUAACGGUGAUCACCGCUUCCGGAAAGCAGCUAAAUCUGUUCGCUACGCGUGAAGUCAUCGUAUCCGAAGGCGUAUUUGAGACUCCUAAGCUUUUGAUGCUGAGCGGUAUUGGUCCAGCAAAGGAGUUGGCAAAACACGACAUCGAUAUAAUCGUCAACUCCCCCUAUGUUGGCCAACAUCUGCUUGAUCAUCCUGGUGUGCCCUUUGUCCUUUGUGUUAAAGACGGGUAUAGAAUGGAUGACUAUGUUUUGCGAAAGGGCCCUAAGUAUGAUUAA